AUGUCCCAGGGAACGACGCCCAACCCAGCAGAGGCCUCACUCGCAGACGUCUGGUACCUCAAAGAAAUCCAAUAUGGCACCAAAGACGUGAAGCAAACAUACAAGAUCAUUACACAAAACUUUAAUGGGUGCGAGAAGCUUAAAUCCUCAUUCCAAUUCAAGGGAUGGCUCGAAAUCCUCUCUGAUGCCCCUGUUGUGAAUGAUGAACGAAGGUAA